AUGUGCAGCUACCCGUCGAUAAAGGAGAGUAAGUACCGCCCAGAGAUCGCAGCACAGCAGACAGUAAGUAACUCACCUGUUGCAAGUCUGCAUCCUGCUUCUGGUCGUGACACUCUUUUACGGAACCAGCGUGAAAUUUCGUACGAUGGAAUGUGGCAGGUCAAAUCAUCUUCAUCUUCUGGUACUACAGUACGGUCACCUGCAAAAUACAGGUUCUUCGUGGGCACGGUGCUGCAGUACCAGCUGCACAGGGCGGCGUGCCGCGCGGCCGGCAAGUUCGACCCGGAGAACCCGGCCAGGAUGCCGCUGCACAAGUGCGACGUCUACCGCAGCCCGGAGGCCGGGGAAGUGCUCAGGCGGCUGAUGCGUCCCGGCUCUUCGGCGCCGUGGCAGGAGGCGCUGCGGCUGGCCACCAACGAGUCGCAGCUGGACGGCUCGGCCGUCAGGGACUACUUCCGGCCGCUGGAGGACUGGCUCACCCAGGAGAACCAGCGCACCGGGGAGUACGUCGGCUGGCUCUACGAUGGUGAUUACUGCAAGCAGAGUAUCGAGACAGCUAACUUGCAGGUUUCCGGUGGCUACUACAAUGCAGCAAUUGUUUGCAGCCCUACUGUAGCUGUGAUGCUCAUCCCUCUCUUGGUUACACUGUUUCUAGUUGCAAGUGGUGUCUAGUCAGAGUGGCUAAAUGUAUGAAUCUCACUGUCAUUAUUACCCAUGGUAGAGAUAACAGUUGUAUAUAAACAGUAUAAGGCAUGUCAUUCCAAAUAAAAUUCAAUUUUGUUCAUGAA